UGUUAGGAGAAAAGUCCUGCGUUCAGGAACAUAGCUACAAGCGAUUGACACUUUUACAUUAUCUCAAAACAUUGCAAGACAGCUCCCUCACAAUACAGUAAGUUGAAGGGCAGCCAGCUGGUAGCAGCUUCAAUUUUGCCUUUCUGGGACUAGCGUGCAUGUGACCGGUUGUCAGGGCAACCACAUCCGGACUAGCGGCUGUUUAUCGAUAAACUCGAUUUGCUUCAACCUCUUCUGAUUUGGCUCCCUUGCAGCCUGAACCGUGUCGACCAUCGCCCUUCAUCGCCCUCCAACCACCACCGAACCGCCGACAACAAUUAUAAUAACGACUCAAACACCGCGGAAACGACUCUUGCACUACACAUUCGAAGUGGGCGAUCCUUAUUUCGCGCUCCAUCGCCGCCAUGGCGGCUUCAAACGACUUGAUCGACUUCGAUAUCAUCGAAAACCAGAAGGAGAACAUUCAAUCGCUACCGGGGGGACGAUCGGCUCGAGAGCUAGCCCGGAUUUUCAGUCCCCGAGAAACGACGGACAAGCUCGCCGUGCCGUCGCCAAAUGAGACCAGAAGCGUCAACGAUGCGAUCAGACAAGAAUAUGAGGCGGAGCUGCAAGCUAUUGACGAAUCUGAUGACCCCCUCGAUGUUUACGACCGAUAUGUGAAAUGGACGCUCAACGCCUACCCCUCCGCCCAGGCUACCUCCGAAUCCGGGCUUCUUCCUCUUCUCGAACGCGCCGUGAAACACUUUCUCUCCUCGGCUCACUACAAAAACGACCCCCGCUACCUGCGGCUAUGGCUGCAAUACAUCAGACUUUUCUCCGACUCGCCACGGGAGACAUUCGCUUUCUUGGCCCGUCAUCAUAUUGGUGAGGGCCUCGCAUUAUUUUACGAGGAGUUUGCGGCCUGGCUGGAGGGUGCUGGGAGAUGGACACAGGCAGACGAGGUCUACCACCUCGGGAUCGAGCGCGAGGCGCGGCCAGCAGAACGCCUGGCUCGCAAAUACCGCGAGUUCCAGCAUCGCUACGAACAACAGACGCAGGAUAAUGGCCCCUCGUCGCCGGCCUUGCCCGCCGUCCGCCCAGCCUUGGCGGCCAAGGUUGAUCCUUUCGCGUCGGCUGCACCCGCCUCGCCCGACCCCCAGGCCGCCGAGCGCCCGGCCCCCGCCCGCAGCGCUGCCUCGAAGACGAAAUCCGGCAAACCGAAGAUGGCGAUCUUCUCCGACGCCGACGCAGCGAGCCAGCCGGCGGUCAGCGGACCGGCGCAAGGCUGGGACAACAUCGGAUCACUGCAGGAUCGACGCAAGGAGAAUAAGGUGGAAGCGAAGCCCUGGGCGGGAGAAACCUUGAAGGCCGGAAAGAAGCCCGUGCCAAAGGAGAAGAUGGCGAUUUUUCGGGACGAGUCAAAAUCCAAAAUCCAAGUCAAACAAGAUAUUCCAGAUGUCGUGCCAGAGCACCGCGUAAGGGAAGCGAUCAAUCCACGUACCGGACGCCGCGAACGCGUUUUCGUCAACCUCGAUGCUGUAUACCCUGAUUAUAAGAAUCCGAACCAUGAAGUUAGCUUCGAGGAGCUCAGAGCCAUGAGGCGGGGGUGGCUGAAGAAGGACUGGCGGGUACCUAAGGUGCCUCUCAGGGAGAUUCCCGGCAAUUCUAAUGCCGAAAUGCCCUCCGAGAAUCCGCUCGAACAUGGCAUAGAGAACGAACUACCGGAUCAGUUCAGGCAGAAAUUGACCGUGAAGGACAGAGAGACUCAUACGCAGGAACACGGUGAGGCAAAUGCUGCCCAGGAAAACAAGACCAAGGCACGCAAAAUGAAAAUGCGCGAGGUUAAGCAAGAAACCCAGACAAUCAAAAUGAAGUUUGAUUCUCCCACUGGAGGCAGCAAGAUUCGUCGGAAAAGCACUGCUGAACCCACGAUGACUAUACACACACGAGCUGCAACAGACGAGAUUUAUAGUAUAUUCAACCAGCCACUGAAGGCGGAGACAGAUCAAGCGGCCGAGAGUGAUUUCGAUGAUGAUGACUACACAAGCGCUGGGGAGAGCACUGUGACGGGACAUAUUUCAGCUGCAUCCAGCGAUUUCGGCGACGAUGAGACGACAAGUUUCCACAAGUCAUUUGACGAUGAUGGGUUCGAGGAUAACACACGGGCGGAAAGUGUUAUCGAUGGUGAAUGGACACAGUUCUCUGCUUGCGACGUCCCCGACACACACACAUCUCAUUCACUCCAUGACGAACGCCCCGCCUAUGACAAUAGAGAGAACGAGAUUUUUGACGAAAAUUCCGGUAUCGAGCAGCCUGAAAGACAGCGAUUUGUCCCAGAGAUGCCCGAAGAUUAUGUCGCUCCCUACGGCACUUACCGGGAUCCUGCGAUGGUAGCUCAGAACCGCUUGCCAUUCAUGACGCCGAUCGUGGAGCAGACGGAGUACUCUAUCUCAAUGACAGCGGCGAGGGCCCAGAUGUAUAACGUAAAGACACCCUCCAAACCGCAAAUGGGAAACCUCUUGUCAAGUCCCCUACUUGCUACUACCACCCCUCACCACGAGGACCACUUCGCCGAUAUCCUCGAGGAUGUGACCUUCUGUCCAAAUGUGGACGAAGUGCGAUCUAGCAUGAGACUUACGCCUCUGAGUGAGAGCAGUCGACAAGAGCCGGUUAUCAAGCAGCUGCAAUGCAGUCCCACGAAUAAAGACAUCCGUAACACCAUUCUUCAUUCCCUGCAGCCGCCUUUGGCAUCCUACGCAGGCUAUCACAACCACCCGCAAAUGAUGACCCAUUACGGCGCCGAAGUCCAAAGAUUCUUCAAAGCGACUAGCAAGCGUGGGAAGAGCGGAGACGAGGCGGCUUUUGACCUGCCCAUCCUUGAAUUACCAGGUGCUGACCGAAGCUAUAUCAUCCGACGAGAACUUGGUGCCGGAGCUUAUGCCCCCGUCUACUUCGCCGAGAGCAUCGAAGGCCUACCGUCUGACUCGGAGAACGAAUCGACAGGUAACUCCAGCAGAGAUUCCCACAACAGAACCGUCUCAAGCUACAACGCCCCGCGCCAUGGAUUCGAAGCCAUCAAAUUGGAGGUUGGCCCACCGAGUGAGUGGGAGUUCUAUGUGAUCCGCAUGGCGCACGACCGCUUGACCCGGAACCCUGAGCUCUCUCGCGCCACCGACAGUAUAAUCCGAGCUCACGAGCUUCAUGUCUACCGCAACGAGAGUAUCUUGGUGGAAGAUUACCGCGGUCAGGGCACGAUUUUGGACCUGGUCAAUCUCAUUCGCAGCGAACCAAUCUCGCCAACCACCAACAGUGAGGGUGGAAUGGACGAAGUGCUUGCCAUGUUCUUCACGGUCGAGCUAUUCCGCACCGUCGAAGCCCUGCACGCAUGUGGGAUCAUCCACGGCGACAUCAAAGCCGACAACUGUCUCGUGCGUCUCGACGACAAGCCCGCUCUCCCUUCUUCGCUGAUCGACCUGGACACCGACUACGCCGACCCGCGCGAAGUGCACUAUUCCCCGCGGGGCCACCACGGCUGGUGCAACAAGGGCCUCUCCCUGAUCGACUUCGGCCGCGGCAUCGACAUGCACGCCUUCCCCGCGUCCGUCCAAUUCCUCGCUGACUGGGAGAUCAAAAGCCACGAGUGCAACGAGAUCCGCGAAUUGCGGCCCUGGACCCACCAGAUCGACCUCUACGGCCUGGCCGGCACCAUCCACGUCAUGCUGUUCGGCAAGUACAUCGAGUCGAUGCCCGUCCGCCGCAGCGAGGGUUUUUCGUCCGGUGGUGACUCGGACCGGCCCGAUCCUUCCUCGGCCAUCACCACCCGCACCUACCGCAUCCGCGAAUCCCUGAAGCGAUACUGGGAACGCGACAUCUGGUCCGACGUCUUCGACCUCCUGCUCAACCCCGGCGCCGACCGCUGGGCUCAGGUCGAGCGCGACGCCCGCAAUCCCGCCGGCGCGGACGACGGUCCGAGUGCUGCUGCGGCCCCGAUUCUCCCCGUGACCCACGCGAUGAAACUGGUGCGCGAGCGCAUGGAGGCCUGGCUCCUGGGCAACGCCGAGAAGAAGGGCCUCGGCUUGCAGCUCCGCAAGCUGGAGGUGAUCUUCGCCGAGAGGAAGAAGAGGUUGGAGAAGGUUUAG